AUGAGCACCAACCACACACCAGCAGCCUUGCACUCGCCAUCGGUCGAGCCCGGUGAGUCAUACAGCAUUUUUGAUAUUCGACAGAAACGGCUCAUCAUCUUCAUUGUAUCAACCGCAGCUACCUUCUCGGGCUUCGCAUCCAACAUCUACUUCCCGGCUCUGCCCACCAUCGCCGGCGACCUCGACGUCUCCGUCGAACUGGUCAAUCUCACCGUUACCUCGUACCUCAUCUUCCAGGGGCUGGCGCCGAGCUUCUGGGGGCCCGUCUCGGACGUCAAGGGCCGCCGGGUGGCCUACGGCUGCACCUUCGCCGUGUUCCUGGGGGCAUGCAUCGGCCUCGCGGAAACCAGAAAUUACGCCACGCUCGUCGCCCUGAGGUGCCUCCAGAGUACCGGGAGCGCCAGCACGAUCGCCAUCGGCUCCGGCGUCAUCAGCGACAUCACCACGCGCGAGGAGAGGGGCGGGUACAUGGGCGUCUUCCAGGCCGGUCUGCUCGUCCCCGUCGCCGUGGGUCCGGUCAUCGGGGGGGCACUGGCCGGUUCUUUGGGAUGGCGGAGCAUUUUCUGGUUCCUUGCCAUCUACUGCGGCGUGUUCCUCGCGUUUCUAGUCCUCUUGCUACCGGAGACCCUCAGGUCCGUCGUUGGCAACGGGUCAAUUGUUCCCCCAAACCGGAUCACCAAAUACCCCUUAUGCCUUUAUCAGCGGAGCACCAAGCUCAAUUGGGCCGCACGAAACUCAUCCUCGGAUCCAUCAUCGACCAAGAAAGUUGAUGUGACCGGACCAAUCCGCAUUCUAUUCAGCAAAGGCGCAGCUCCGAUCAUCAUCUUUCUCGCGGUCUACUACGCUGUAUGGCAGAUGAGCAUCACCGCCAUGUCAAGCCUGUUCAAGUCGCAGUAUGGACUCUCCGACACGCACAUCGGCCUGACAUUCAUCGCAAACGGCGCCGGCUCCAUCGUCGGCACCCUUGUCACAGGAAGGAUACUGGACCUCGACUACCGCAGGGCAAAAGCGAAACACGAGGCCUGCGACGAGGCCGAGAAUGCUGUGCUCGCCUCCACCACCCUCCGCGACUUCCCCAUCGAAAAGGCCCGCCUACGUCUUGUUCCAAUCUUCUCCCUUCUCCAAUGCGUAUCCAUCGCCGUCUUCGGGUGGACAAUCAACUUCUCACGCCGUGUGCACAUCGCCGUGCCAGUCAUAUCAACCUUCGUCACAGGAUGGACCGCGGUAUCGACUCAGUCUCUCGUCAUGACCUACCUCAUCGACGUGUUCCCAGACCGGAGCGCAGCCGCGAGCGCAAGUCUCAACCUCGCAAGAUGCCUUCUUGCGGCCGGCGGCACGAGCUUCGUGAUGCCCAUGGUCAACGGCAUCGGCGUCGGCUGGGCGUUUACUGUCUGUGUUGCUAUGCAGCUGGCGGCUCUUGUGGGCGCGGGAGUUCAGUGGAAGUUUGCAGCAAAAUGGAGACGCGAGGCGUGA